GCAAAACUAUUUCAGCCUGCCAUAUCAUACGAAGGAGAACACGUGUGGCUCAUUUUGACGGCUCGGAGGCGGAUUAACAGCUUAAUGUACGUUAAUAUCGCUAGCUAAAUUAGUUAGCAGCACUAGCUAGCUUUAGCUAAAGUUAACAGAAGUUACCUACAUUGAGUUAGCGUUAGCUAGCUGAAUAUCAUCCCGGCUGAGGCAGACAGUGCCGGAGAGGAGACAGGUUGGUUUUUAUUGUUCCAGUUUCCCCGUGUUGUGAGUCAGCAGUAACCGUAGUUCGUAUCAGGAAGCCAGGCGAGUACUAAGCUGAGCUGUCAAACACCCCCGGUCACGCCUGUGCUGCUGACAGCGUGGAUGGAACUGACAGAGUGAUUUCGUAGAAGAGGAGUGCUAUGGCCAAACAGUCUGAUGACAUCACCUCAGUAAACAGCCUCACCCUCACAGGCCAUACCUCUCAACAUUAUUCAGAAAUGAAUCUGGAAAGGAUCUACAUGGACUACAAUGCCACUACUCCACUGGAACCAGAAGUGAUCCAGGCUAUUUCUGAAGCCCUUCAGGAUGCCUGGGGAAACCCGAGCAGCAAUUAUAUAGCAGGCGCUAAAGCCAAGGCAAUAAUUAAUCAUUCCAGAGAGAAUGUGGCGAGAAUGGUUGGAGGUAAAGCAGAGGACAUCAUUUUCACAUCAGGUGGAACAGAGGCCAAUAACCUGGUGCUCCACACUGCUAUGGAGCACUUCAGGAGAAGCUGCAGGGCUGCGGAGCAAGGUGAAGGGCACCAGAAUGGAAGCAAUGGCCUUCCUCACAUUAUCACCUCCAAUGUGGAACACGACUCGGUCAAACUAGUAGCGGAGCAUCUACAGAAAGAUGGCAAGGCAGAUGUGACAUUUGUGCCUGUGUCUAAGGUGACAGCCCGCGUGGAGGUGGAGGAUAUCAUUGCUGCGGUGCGUCCAAACACUUGUCUCAUCUCAAUCAUGCUGGCUAACAAUGAGACAGGAGUCAUCAUGCCACUCCAAGAGAUCUGCCAGAGAAUAAAAUCCCUCAACAAGCAGCGCGAUCAGCUCAGGAUCCUGCUCCACACGGAUGCUGCUCAGGCUCUGGGGAAAAUCCGAGUCGAUGCCUGUGAACUGGGAGUGGAUUACCUGACCAUCGUGGGACACAAGUUCUACGCCCCUCGGAUUGGUGCUCUGUACGUGAACAGCCCUGGAGUGAGGACACCGUUGUAUCCCAUGCUGUUUGGAGGAGGACAGGAGAGAAACUUCAGACCAGGCACAGAAAACACACCAAUGAUUGCUGGUCUGGGAAAGGCUGCAGAACUGGUGACCUCUAAUCUGUCAGAUUAUGAGGGCCACAUGCGAAGUACCAAACUUUACUUGGAAGAGCGACUGAAGGCCGUCUUUAAAGACAAGAUCCACUUCAACAGCCAUUACCCUGGCUCUGAUAUCCUCCCUAACACAUGUAACGUGUCCAUCCUGGGCCCAACAUUACAAGGCUGGAGGGUAUUGUCCAACUGUAGGAGGCUGCUGGCCAGUGUUGGAGCUGCCUGCCACUCAGACAGUGGAAACAGGCCUUCCCAUAUCCUUCUGAGCUGUGGCGUCUCCUCAGAGGUGGCAGCCAAUGCCUUGAGGUUGAGCGUGGGCAGAGGGACAACCAAAGCCGAUGUGGAUACAGUUGUGGAAGAUCUGAGGGAAACUGUGCAGCUGCUGGAAGAAAUGAACUGAUGGGCUUCAUGUGAAUAAACAGUUAGGUCAAAUAAGGACGUACAGAAUUAAAAAUACAUCAUCUGUACUUAUUGUUACAUUAAAGUGGAGAAAGACAACUUUUCAAGUCCCCCCCAAAGACAAUAAGAUCAUGCUACUGUUACUUUGAUACAGAGGUUGACUAGUAUUGGUUUAUCUGACCAGGCAGUAGGCUGGUUUGUUAAUUACCUCUCUAAAAGGUCUCAAUUGUUCCAAUUUGAUGGGCUCACCUCUAACUGACUGAACACCUGUAGGGUGUACCCCUGGGUUCUGUCUUAGGUCCGCUGUUAUUUCCAGUCUAUAUUAAUAGUAUAGCAUCAAAACAUGGAUGGUGCCAACUUUCAUUUUUAUGGGGAUGAUACAGUGAUAUAUUAGGCCAGUUCCUCCAUUACAGAGACUUUGGUAAAAUUAAAGGCUGUAUUUAAUUUUAUCCAGAUUCAGUUUUCACAACUAAAGUUGAUAAAACUAAGGUACGUAUUUUUCAAAUGCAAGGAAGAAGCCUGUGAAAACCAGUAAUAUUAUUAUUGCUCAGGGAAAGAAGUUAGAAAUGGUCUCUUGUUACAGAUAUCUUGGUAUCUGGCUUGAUGACUUCCUGUCUUUUAAAUCUCAGGUUGAUACUCUUUUUAAAAAGCUGAGGUUGAAGUUUGGGUUGUAUUUCAGAAACAAAACCUGUUUUUCCUUUGAGGCCAGAAAAAGAUUGGUCUCUGCUACGUUUUUAACGCUUGUGGAUUACAAUGAUCUGUUGUACAUAAAUGUAUCUGUGCAUUGCUUGCAUAUGAUACUGCAUACUA